AUGCAAUUCCUGUGGGCGCUCGUGGCUGUAUUGGGGUUCAGCAUCGUGCCCGCUUUGGCCGCACAGUGUAGAUGUACACCCAUUGACAGCUGCUGGAAAAGGCUCGACUGGAAUGCUCUAAAUGCGACCGUGUCUGGUAAGCUCAUUCGCAACACGCCGCCAGCCCUCCCUUGCUAUCCUGGCCCGGAGUCCAAUGUGGAGGAAUGUGAGUACGUCGACUCGCAAUGGUCCAACACGACCUUUCAGGCAGACGAGCCCAUCGGGUACAGCUAUCCGCUUGUUAAUAACUGUCCUGCCGUGAAUGAGACAGCAGGGCUUCGCAAGUGCGGUCUCGGGCCAUCGCCGGUGUACACCAUCAAUGCCACUGAGCCGGAGGAAUUAGUUGCAGGAAUUGCAUUUGCGCGCGAGAAUAAUGUGCGUCUGGUUGUUCGAAACACUGGGCACGAUUUGCUGGGGAGGUCCACGGGCUAUGGCUCGCUUCAGAUCUGGAUGAGGCAUCUGCGAAAGGGUAUUAAGCACCAGGACGCGUUCAAGCCCUCAAUUCCCUGUGCUCAAUGCGACUGGAACGGUGCUGCUGUCACGGUUGCAGGGGGCUAUGUUUGGGACGAUGUCUAUGAGGAAGCAUUUACCCGCGGCCUGAUUGUCGUUGGCGGAGGUGACCCGACAGUCAGCGUCAUCGGUGGUUAUAUCCAAGGAGGCGGCCAUUCACCAGCCACCCGCGACUUUGGCCUGGCCAGUGACCAGAUCCUGGAAGCGCAGGUCAUCCUAGCAGACGGGACUAUCGUCAUCGCCAAUCCAUGCUCCCAUUCAGACCUCUUCACAGCGCUCCGUGGCGGCGGCGGAGGCACCUAUGGCGUGGUUGUCUCCGUCACUAUCAAGGCAUUUCCGUCCAAACCGGUCGUCGCGCACUCUCUCGUCAUAACGCCUCAGUCACCGCACAAUUUGACCUCGUUUCUGAGUGCACUUACGGAUCUCUAUUCAAGCUUUCCUGCUAUUUCUGAUUCGGGCUUUUCAGGGUAUGGCUCCUGGUCGGUGAACGAUCCAACCGGCACGUACGCGAACUCUUCAGCGGGAUAUCAACACGCCCUUGCAGCCCUGGAUAAACCAUUACCAGCUGCAAAGGCAGCUUUCAAACCGAUUUUGGAGAAACUUGCUUCCUAUAGAUCUAUCAAUGUUUCUAUUAAGUGGUUCGAGUUUCCAUCGUAUUCAGCAUACUACCGUGCCCUGUCUGGCGUGCGCCAACCGACUGGAGUCCCUGAGUCCGCGCUCGCCUCUCGCAUGUUUGAUAAGAACGCUCUCAUCUCAAACCGCGAUGCCCUACGUCAGGUUAUCGGAACACUAGCAGGACAUCCCAAAGAAAGCACCAUCAACCAGGUCCUCUUGGUGGGGGGUGGAAAAGUUCUUGAACAGCCCGAAUACAGCGGCGCAAACCCAGCAUGGAGAAAGACGUAUCUCGUCCACAUUGUCGCGCGUGGAUGGCUGGGGAAGUCUGGUCCGCUCGUUGGCGAAGCUAUCAAGGAUGACAUUACGUAUAAAAAGUACCAGGCCAUGCGCGAGUUCACUCCGUCAAUGGGUAGCUAUCUUAACGAGGCUGACCGGAAUAAUCCGUGGUGGGAGGAGGACUUUUAUGGUAAGAGCUACGAUCGUCUGCUUGAUAUAAAGAGUAAAUACGAUCCAGAGGGCGUCUUCUACUGUCCGACCUGCGUGGGGAGUCCGUCUUGGUUUCAGCAAACCCUGCCGGGCAAGGACUAUGGGCCUCUUUGUACUGAUGAAUUAUGA